UUUGUAGCCUUUUACGUUGCUUUGGACCCCGCAGUGGUGGCUGCACAGCUGAGACAUGGUGUGCUGGUUCCUGGAUGAGUGGAGCCUGGUGUGCUGGUUUCUGAAUGGGUGGAGCUGUAUGUGGUGGUGUGUGGCUGGAAAGAGCCAGGUGUGCUGGUUCCUGGAUGGGUGGAGCUGUAUAUGGUGGUGUGUGGCUGGAAAGAGCCAGGUGUGCUGGUUCCUGGAUGGGUGGAGCUGUAUAUGGUGGUGUGUGGCUGGAAAGAGCCAGGUGUGCUGGUUCCUGGAUGGGUGGAGCCUGGUGUGCUGGUUCCUGAAUGGGUGGAGCUGUGUGUGGUGGUGUGUGGCUGGAAAGAGCCAGGUGUGCUGGUUCCUGGAUGGGUGGAGCCUGGUGUGCUGGUUCCUGAAUGGGUGGAGCUGUAUGUGGUGGUGUGUGGCUGGAAAGAGCCAGGUGUGCUGGUUCCUGGAUGGGUGGAGCUGUAUAUGGUGGUGUGUGGCUGGAAAGAGCCAGGUGUGCUGGUUCCUGGAUGGGUGGAGCUGUAUAUGGUGGUGUGUGGCUGGAAAGAGCCAGGUGUGCUGGUUCCUGGAUGGGUGGAGCCUGGUGUGCUGGUUCCUGAAUGGGUGGAGCUGUGUGUGGUGGUGUGUGGCUGGAAAGAGCCAGGUGUGCUGGUUCCUGGAUGGGUGGAGCCUGGUGUGCUGGUUCCUGAAUGGGUGGAGCUGUAUGUGGUGGUGUGUGGCUGGAAAGAGCCAGGUGUGCUGGUUCCUGGAUGGGUGGAGCCUGGUGUGCUGGUUCCUGGAUGGGUGGAGCCUGGUGUGCUGGUUCCUGGAUGGGUGGAGCCUGGUGUGCUGGUUCUUGGAUGGGUGAACCACACGGCACCAAAUUUAGAAUGAAGUUCUCCUCAUCUUCUUGAGGCAGUUGG